UCAGAUGAUCCUGACUCCACCAGCCUGAGAGCAAGAAACCUUAAAAUGGGUUUCUACAAUUUCACAAUGAGGGCACAGACGUCAGUUGGAGAAUGUGGCGCUGCAUUCAUUACUGCCACCUUGAACUCACCGACUGAAAACUUAAUAGGCGCAGUCCUUAUUCUCCUGGUCACUGUUUUUGGUCUCCUUUCCCUCACAACUAUGCUUUGCUUCAGACACUGGACAUGUAUCAAACAGAAGGUCUAUCCUCCAAUCCCAAAGCCGGUGUUGACAUCAGCGGGUGAACAUGGAUGUCAUCUCCUUUACAUGGAUCAGUGUCACCACAGUGACGUAGAUAUUGUGGAUGUUCUGGAGCUAGUGUGUAGUGAAGACACACCAAUUAACGGUUCUGUUCGCCAAGAGAACAUAUUAUUUGUUGUUUUCCAAACUCCAAAGGGUUACUACAACCAGCCGCAGAAAAAGUGCCCCCCAGAUCCCCUGACCGCAACAACUACAGAACUCCCAUCUUUGAAAGGAUUACCAUCUUCUCCAUUUGGAAGUGUAUUUUCUAACCCAUCCUACAACCUGAUAAUGAAGCCUGGUGAUCAGCAGUCCAGGUCAUUUCCUGAGCUUCAGGAAGGAAACAGUUUUGAGAGAAGCAUCGAUGGAUACCAGCCUCAGGGUCUCACAGAAACCUUCCAUAUAAACCCGACAGAAGAGGAUCCGGGGAGUCCUAUGUCCUGUGUCUUUACUUAUGUUUUGUUACCACAGUCACUUUCAAAAUAGCUGGUUCAUGCGCAGCCUUUAUAAGUUACAAAACAGAAAAACAUAUAUAUAGUGAAACACUUUGUGAUAGAGACAUCGUCACUAUUUGCGUAUGACACAUGGUAAAACACAUUCAAACACAGUCAUUGUGGCGAGUGCAUGCACUACAAUUACUUGACAGUAAAAUUCUUACCAGACAUUUUUAAAGUAAUCACUAAACAAUAUUUUGUUAAAGACAGUUUUUUUUUUUUUUAUCAUACUUAACAUAACAAUGCUUUCCAAUAUGCCAAAGUAACCUGCUGUUCUUAGUUCCUGAGUUCGAAACAGCACAACAGAAUAGUGUGGCUUUAAAUAGAAGCUCAAUCAGUCGAAACAGCUGCGCUCAAUUGGACUGUACCAUCUACUGCAUGGGCAUGGGUGACAAUAUUUCUUAGAAUUAAAUAUGUAAUUGUUUAGGGCUUUAAUGGUCAAAAGUAGUAGCAUAUGAUGACUUCUUCGAUUUAUUGUGCUUCAUAAAUGUGUAAUUAUUUAGAUUCAUUCAUUUCAUUGAAUAGUUGUUUGGCCUAUCUAAGUCUAAUAGUGGCUAACAGUAGCUGUAGAGCAGAGAGGUAUCUGUGACAUAUGUUCUGCAAGCCAUAUACAGUGGGGCAAAAAAGUAUUUAGUCAGCCACCAAUUGUGCAAGUUCUCACACUUAAA